AUGGCGUCUGCUCAAAGCAUCAUCAAGUGCGCCGUCCUUUCCACGAGCCGUAUGAUAUCUUACAGUAUCGCACAGAAUUCACAAAUUGGCCCGUGGAUUGUCCUCUCAAACAGUUUCGGCGCUGAUAUCACCUUGUAUCAGCCUGUUGCCCAGCGCCUCGCCUCAUCAGGCUACCGCGUCUUAAGCUACGACCAUCCUGGACACGGUCAAAGCACUCCUGUAAAAGACGUCGAUAAUGUCGAGAUGGAAGAAUUGAUCGAUGACGUCGACGAACUCCUUCGUGUUUUGCACAUCGACAGCAUCCGUGCCUGGGUCGGCGUUUCACUUGGUGCAGCCAGCGGCGUCUACCUAGCCUGCCGUCGCCCGAAGUUAAUUCAAAACUUUGCAUACUGCGCAUGUCCUCCUGCGUCUUUCGGCGCUCUCGAAAUAAUGCCACUUGAAUACUUCGACAAGAUGCGUGCUCAGGCUGAGGCAGAUGGGACUACUGCGAAUGUCAUUCGGCAAAUGCACUAUGGCUGGGCGAGCAAAGAAUGGCUCGAUGAACACCCAGACCAGGACGAACGACUUAAACUUGCCAGCUCAACAUUGAGUCUGGAUGGUUUGCGUGCGAUGAUGACGUUGCAGAAGAAUAAGCGCUUUGACAUGCGGCCGCUCGUACCUCAGCUUUUGGAAAGCGUUGAGAAGAUAAUGUUUGUCAAAGGAGACCAUGAUGCACACCUCAACCCUUUAGUGGACAUGAUGAGAGAUUUGGUUGUCAAGACGGCGAAGGAGAAGGGUGUUGAGGGUGACUUCAAGCUUGUUACCGUGCCAGACUCGGGGCACGUUAUGUACUUGGAGAACGAGAGCUAUUUCGUUGAUGCCAUCCUAGAUCUCAUUUCUCAGUCAGCUCCGGUUUAG